AGUUGGAAGGUAGGGACUACGAAAGAAAUUAACCAUCAUCCCCUCAAAGGAAAGGGACCCUCUCCCGGCCUUCUCCUCAGUCUCUCUGCCCCUCUACAAUCCCUAAGAUUUGCAGCUAAUGAUCCAUUAGGAACCACUUAGGGUUUCAGAAUGAGCAACUUGAACCACACCACCACCACCCCCACCAGCACCUCCAAUGGCAGCAACACUGCUCAUUUCAAUCACCAUCAAGAUCUGGGCUCCUACUUUCUGAAGCUCGCGCGGCAGUCCUCACCGGCACUGGGAACUCCUUGUGCAUCGACGAUGAUGGACGAGGAAGACCGGGAGGAUGAACCUACUGAGCUCAACACGAUCAACAGCUCCGGAGGGUUUCUUGUGAUGUCCACCGACAAGCUUUCUGUUAAGUACACGAAUGUUAACCUUCACGGCCACGAUGUCGGCGCUGUUCAAGCCAAUAAGCCUGCUCCUGUUAAGCGGCUUGUUUAUUACUUCGAGAUUUAUGUUAAAAAUGCUGGGGCUAAAGGGCAGAUUGCUAUUGGUUUCACUAAUGAGAGCUUUAAGAUGCGGAGGCAGCCCGGUUGGGAAGCAAACAGUUGCGGAUAUCAUGGAGAUGAUGGAUAUUUGUAUCGUGGACAAGGAAAGGGAGAGCCUUUUGGCCCAACCUUUACAGCCAAAGAUACAGUUGGUGCUGGAAUUAACUAUGUUUCACAGGAACUCUUUUUCACUAAAAAUGGAGCAGUAGUCGGGGCGGUGGGUAAUGAAAUGAAAGGUUCCUUGUUCCCUACUGUUGCUGUUCACAGCCAGAAUGAAGAGAUUGAAGUCAACUUUGGGCAGAAACAAUUUGCUUUUGAUCUUAAGGAAUAUGAAGCACAGGAAAGGUCAAAGCAACAAAUUGCAAUUGAAAAGAUAUCCUUGCCGCCAAAUGUCAGUUAUGGACUUGUUCGCUCCUACUUACUACAUUAUGGCUAUGAGGAGACUCUCAAUUCAUUUGACUUGGCUAGUAAAAGUACUGUUCCUCCUAUAUAUAUAGCUCAAGAGAAUGGGUUUGAUGAGCAAGACAUCAUGUAUGCAUUAAACCAGAGGAAAACUCUUCGACAGCUAAUCAGGAAUGGUGACAUUGAUGCUGCAAUCAGUAAGCUCCGUGAUUGGUAUCCACAGAUUAUUCAGGAUGAAAGAUCAGCUACAUGCUUUCUGCUUCAUUGUCAAAAAUUUAUUGAAUUGGUUCGAGUUGGAUCUCUGGAGGAGGCUGUGAAAUAUGGAAGGAAUGAAUUGGCUAAAUUCUUUGAGUUGCCUGGGUUUGAUGAUCUAGUUCAGGACUGUGUUGCUUUGCUGGCAUAUGAACAACCACAGGUGUCCUCAGUUGGCUAUCUUCUUGAAAAAUCACAGCGUGAGAUUGUGGCGGACACAGUAAAUGCAAUGAUCUUGUCAACAAAUCCCAAUCUUAAGGAUUUACAAGGCUGCUUACACUCGUAUCUCGAAAGGUUACUAAGGCAGCUUACUGUUUGCUGUUUGGUGAGAAGGUCCUUGAAUGGGGAUCAAGGUGAAUCUUUCCAUUUGCAUAGAGUACUCAACAGUGGCAAGAAGACCAAGUGCUAACUUAACAUGAUCUUGUUGCCGUGUCUUUCAUCCUUCAUUGUUCAUAUUGCCAGUAAACCAUUUCCUGAACUGCAAUUCAAGCGAUCAGAUAAAACAUAGUAUCAUGCCUUGGUGGAUGCCGUCAUGCUUGGCUGAGAUGUGAGCGAGAGUUGGGAUGUUCUCAGUUUCCCCAAAGCUGUAAGCUUGCAAAAUUUGAUCUUGAAAUGUGCUUUCUUACUAUUUUUAGAUGUGCCUAGAGUAAGUUUAUUUCAGGUAUUACUGUAUAUAUUUGGUUUACGUACAUUGUCUUAAGAUUUUUAGCAGUUGUGAUCCAUUUUAUUCAAAUGGAAAACUUGUUGGAAGCUC